AAUAUAUAUGGUGUUAUACCAUUUGUGGUACCUGAAGUUUUAAGAGGCAAACCCUGUACUCCAGCUAGUGAUAUAUAUAGUUUUUCUAUAAUUAUGUGGGAAUUUACAUCUGGAAUUCCACCAUUUAAUGAUAGAGCACACGAUAUUCAACUUGCUUCAAGUAUUUGUAAAGGUGAACGUUCUGAAAUUAUUGAAAAUAUUCCACAAUGUUAUAUAGAUUUGAUGAAAAAAUGUUGGAACAAAAACCCAUCAAAAAGACCAUCUGCAUCAGAAAUUUUAGAUACUAUUGAA